AUGUCUUUGCGGCUCCUUGGUAAAAUGGCGCUAUACAGCUCCUUCGGUGGGCUUGUUGGAUACAAAGUCAACCAUGCUCUACAGAACGGGUUCUUCUACGAUACUCCGACCAAAGGGACUGAUAAGGCGUUGCGAUAUGCGGAGAAGCUGGAGUCCAAACUUGAAAGCUUACCUUUAGUCAAACAACUCAGUCGCGAUCCACAGUUCCAAAUGGUUCGACCUUGGGAUUAUGUGAAAGAGGAGAAAAUAGGGUCGAUAUUCACAUCAGGGCCUUUACAUACCCCAGGUGGAGUGUCGAUCCCACCACUAUUAUUUGCCAAUGAAAGUGAACGCUCCAUUGUUACAGUUGUUCACUGUGGUCACUUUCUAGCCGGCUUUCCAUUUCUUGUACACGGCGGAAUCCUGAGUACUGCUCUUGAUGAAGCUUUACAUAGAACCGCAUCACUCAGUUUGGGCACAUACCCCAAGGAAACAGCAAGAAUUAAUUUAAGCUAUAAACGCCCUACCUUUGUCAACCAAUUUCUAGUUAUCAAAACUUCGACAGAGAUGAUUGAAGAAGGCAAAAAAGCUCGAAUAAUUGGCUCGGUGCGGACACUCAAAGGAAAAGAACUUGUGAGGGGUGAAGGGGUCUUUGAUGUAACGUCACCACCUGCUAAGUCGAGCUGGAAAAGUAUUGUAGGUUUAUAA